AUGGCGACCAUCGAUACCACGCAGCGCUUGUGCGAACGUGCCAAGGCCGCCGACGAGGCCGGUCAGCGCGAGGCUGCCAUUGCCCACUACGACGACGCGAUUCAAGCGCUGCAGCAGCAAUAUGCGUCCAUCGCACGAGACGACACGGCGAGCAAGGUGCGCGUGGCCACGGCGCUGCAACACUGCCACGACCGACGCCUCACCCUCCUACAAAUGGAGGCACCACGCAUCGAGAUCACGCCGCGGACGCUCCAAACCGCCAUGGCGGUGCAGUCGGCAGCAACACAGGGCGUUCACAAGGCGGGCGGCGGCAAGACCGUGCUCGGGUCGGCGGCGGCCGGCGCUGGCCUUGGACUAUGCGUCGCGGGACCUUUGGGUCUCGUGGCCGGCGCCGUCGGUGGCGCUGUGCUGACGGCCAAGGACGGCGCGGUGACAUUGCGCGAGCGACGGGCAAUCUCGUCGUGGCGUCAGCGCGGCCCCAUCGCGACGGCCCAGGAGCUCGACGCCAAGUACAAGAUCAAGGACACGACGGCGAGGUUGCUCGAGACGGGCCUCAAGCAUGCGACUGUCGUCAACGAAAAGUACCACCUCACCGAUUGCGCGGCGAAAGCGACGGUGAGCGGCAUAAACAAAGCAUCCGAGAUUCUCCGUGACAAGCAGAAAUAG